UUCCUGCCUCCAGGGGCGGGAGGGCGCGAAGGCCGGCCCGCCCCCUUCGGGCUCGUCGGCGGGGUCGCAGCUCUCAGCACCCUCCCCGUUAUUGGGAACAAACCCGCUUCCCCACUGGCGAAGGGGCGCCUGUUCUUAGGAGUACCCGGCGGCACUUCCGCACCCCGUCCGGUUCUUUCAGCUACGAGGCCCGCCCCUCCCCGGGCUCUGCUUUCGCUGGGGGUUUUGCGGAGUCGCCCGGGGCUGGCCCGUGGCGUCUGGCUCUUGCCUCUCGGCAUCUUGCGAGGCUGACGCCUUGGGACCCAUUGCACAGAUGAAGUCGGCGAGGUUCAGCGACAGCAAGGGCUGCGGGACCGGGGCAGAGCAGGGAUUCGGGCUGCCUCCUCCUGGAAGCUCCCCGGGCGCCUGGGAUGAGGGGCUCUGGGAAGCGGGGAAGGACGUGCGGGUGUCGGGGCUCCUGGGUCCCGGGUCUCAGUUGCCCCAUGUAGGGAGGGGGCGCCUUUCUGGGCCUUUGCGACCGAUGUAAGCUGGGGGUGGGAGAGUGGGGAUGGCAGGACUCGGGCCCCGGGUGCCCGGAGUCACCAGGCGCGCACACGGCGCCUACCUGCGAUCCUUUGACCUGAGCUGCCGCCUUUCAGCAGCGGUGGGGCCGGGCCCGGCGCGGGUCGGACGGUCCCGGGGGCUGGAGGCGGGGCCGGGGCGGGGCCGGGGCCGGGCCGUGGAGACCCGGGCGGCUCCGGAGCCUCGGCGCGCCGACUGGGACCCGGACCCGCGCGGCGCUGCGGCGCCAGAGCGCCCAGACGACGGCGAGAUGACGGCCGGGAGCCCCGAAGAAUGCGGGGAGGUGCGGAGGAGCCCCGAGGGCCGCGUCUCUCGCUUGGGCCGCCGCCUGGGCCGCCGCCGGCGCCCGCGCUCCCCGCCCGAGCCUCUGCGGGUGCGGGCGCGGCUGCGGCUGCGCUCGCCGUCGGGGGCGUUCGCGGCGCUGGGGGCGCUCGUGGUACUGGUGGGUAUGGGCAUUGCAGUGGCCGGCUACUGGCCGCACCGGGCCGGGGCCCCAGGGUCCUGGGCCGCCAAUGCCAGCUCGCCCCAGAUGAGCGAGCUGCGACGCGAGGGUCGCGGCGGGGGCCGGGCUCACGGCCCGCACGAGCGGCUGCGGCUCCUCGGGCCGGUGAUCAUGGGCGUCGGCCUGUUCGUGUUCAUCUGCGCCAACACGCUGCUGUAUGAGAACCGAGACUUGGAGACGCAACGGCUCCGCCAGGGGGUGCUGCGGGCCCAGGCGCUCCGGCCCCCCGACGGCCCCGGCUGGGACUGCGCCCUCCUUACCAGCCCCGGCCCUAGGACUCCCCGAGCCGUAGGCUGCGCAGAGCCAGAAAUCUGGGACCCGUCCCCGCGUCGGGGUACUUCACCCGUCCCGUCAGUGCGGAGUCUGCGUUCAGAGCCUGCUAAUCCUCGCUUGGGGUUACCUGCCCUGCUCAACAGCUACCCGUUGAAGGGCCCCGGGCUGCCCCCACCCUGGGGUCCACGGACGCAGACUGGCCAUGUGAUCAUCACCGUGCAGCCGUCUGGCUCCUGCAUUGAACAUUCCAAAUCUCUGGAUCUGGGCCUUGGGGAGCUCCUCCUUGGGGCCCCAGCAGCUCGGGAGUGUGCUCACCGAAGCUGGCCACGGCUGGACCGCCUCAGUCUUGGGGGCUAUGCCAAAUUGGGAGGAGGAGGGGACUUGGGGGCCCGGGUCUGAAGAGAGGGGAGACAGCCUGCUCUGAGGCUGCAGCAUGGACCAUGCUAAUAGGACCAGAGGACCAGGAGUCCCAACGUCUAAUAGAUGUUUCAGUCACAUCCCAGGCUGGGGAUGGAUGCUCUGACCACAGCAGCUGUGAAGGGCAUCCUGACCUGCAUGUGGGCAGAGAAAUGCCAGCUGCACCAGGGCUCAGUGAGCUGGAGAGGGUGCGUUUCACUGUGGAGUGUGGAGGACUCGCCUCAGGAAUUUCUUCAGCCUCUGUAAGUGGCCUUAGCCCUAAGGGGGCUGGAGGUCCAGGCCAAGGUGACUGGGAGAUGUACCCAGUGUCUUGGCAAACCCAAGAAAGUGGUGGGUAAGGGCCCCUAAGACUGGGAGGUAGGUUGGGAUGUUACAGGCUGGGGCAGGUUCCUUCCAAGGCGGCACUGGUGAUGGAGUGUGGGGCCUCUGGGAAGAUGGACCAUGGGAUGAGACUCUCCACUGCCAUCUGGGACGGGGACUGAGCCUUGAACUCCUACCACCUCAAUCCCUUUCUUCCCUCAGCCAUCUGGGGUAUAUCCCUCUAGAGCUACACUACUGCCAAUGCCUUCAUACUGAGGUCUGGGCACCUCUGCAAAUAAGUCUGAGAAGCCCCUUCUCUCCUUCCUUUAUUGUGGCCUGUGCUGCAGAAUCUCACUGCAGCUGGCAAGAGGCAUUGGCCAGCUCUCAGAAAUCCCUUUACUCAACGUUGAAGCUGCAUUUUGGUCAAUGUGGGUAACUUACUUUAGAAAAUGACUUGAGUUUAGGUCUCCCCUACCCAUAUUUAAUUUUUCCCCAAGUUGCUGGUAGAAGAGAAAUUUAAAAGUGGAUCAAUCCUCACAGAGUCGGUUCUUUUUGUUGUUUAUUGAAAAAAAUGCAAUACAAGAAGCAAGACCAAACAUAUAUCUAAACACUACAACCACUUCUCCUACUACGAAAGGCCAAAACAGCAGACUUGAUUAUUGCCUGUGUAGUCUAAGGAUUCUGCCAAUCUGAUUCUGCUGCCCGAGUUCCUAUUUUUUCAAGAAAUGUAAACAACUACUUGAUAUGAUUCAUAAUUUUAAAAAAAUUUACAAAGCUCCUUCAUUUUUGUCACCAAAAUAAUACAUUUGAGAGAGAUUUGUAGAAACAACCAGCCUGGGGCUGAGAUCCUGGGCAGAAAUUUCCCGUGAGCAUCAAAGGGCGUCAGUUAGGCCACAGCUCUGGCUCCAUUUCCCGAGAUUUGUUGUCUCCUCACCCCCAGCUGCCAAGCAUCCCCCAACACACACUGACGGGCCUGGCCGGGGUGGGGGUGGAGGAGAGAGGGGGAUGGGUCACGGUGCCCUGACAGGUCCCGCAGUUAGGCUCCCUGAGCCCUCGGCUUAUAAAUACAGGUCUUGCUUUGUGGGUGGGUGCCAGAGUCCUCAUGUGGCUUGGAGGAAAUCUUUAUUUCUCAAAUUAAAAUAAAAUUGCAGCGAGAGUUGUUA